AUGGAGAGAGCGGUGUUACGCUCCAUCUCCUCCUCUUCUUCUCCGUCCUCUCCACUCGCCUCCGCUGGAAUAUUCUCCCGCUCCGUUCGCAGAUUCUCUCGCCUCUCUUCUAUCACCCCAAAACGACACCGUUUUAUCCCCAGUGUACACAGGCGCUCUCUUCUUCGCAAUCAUCUCCGUUUCAUCUCCACCUCGACCCGUCCUUCGCUUCAGUUGAAAAGACACUUUUGUCUGUCGGUCCAAGCCACCUCCACAUCUUCUAUACAGUCAGCUCCAGAGGUUUUGGUGGCGGAUAAUGACUUGGCGGAGAAGCUCGGGUUCGAGAAAGUGUCGGAGGAAUUCGUUGAAGAGUGUAAAUCUAGAGCUGUUUUGUAUAAGCAUAAAAAGACUGGAGCUGAGGUCAUGUCCGUGUCGAAUGACGAUGAGAAUAAAGUCUUUGGAAUUGUUUUCCGGACUCCUCCAAAAGAUUCAACUGGAAUCCCUCACAUUUUGGAGCACAGCGUGUUGUGUGGUUCAAGAAAAUAUCCUUUGAAAGAACCCUUUGUUGAAUUGUUGAAAGGGAGCUUGCAUACAUUUCUGAAUGCAUUUACAUAUCCUGAUAGGACUUGUUAUCCUGUUGCUUCCACAAAUACAAAGGAUUUCUAUAACUUGGUCGAUGUAUAUUUAGAUGCUGUCUUUUUUCCAAGAUGUGUAGAAGACGUCAAGACCUUUCAACAGGAAGGCUGGCAUUACGAACUGAAUGACCCCUCAGAAGACAUAACAUACAAAGGUGUUGUUUUCAAUGAGAUGAAAGGUGUUUAUUCUCAGCCUGACAGCAUACUAGGUCGAGCAUCUCAACAGGCUCUUUUUCCAGACAAUACUUAUGGCGUUGACAGUGGUGGUGAUCCACAAGUCAUUCCGAAACUUAGUUUUGAGGAAUUUAAGGAGUUUCAUAGUAAGUAUUAUCAUCCCAGCAAUGCAAGGAUAUGGUUUUAUGGAGAUGAUGACCCAAAUGAGCGUUUACACAUCUUAAGUGAAUAUCUAAACAAGUUUGAAGCAAAUUCAGCUCCUGAGGAAUCAAGAGUUGAACCACAGAAACUUUUCAAAGAACCAGUCAGGAUACUUGAGAAAUACCCUGCUGCAGAUGGUAGUGACUUGAAAAAGAAGCACAUGAUAUGCCUUAAUUGGCUGCUCUCUGAAACCCCUCUAGACUUGGAAACUGAACUGGCCUUGGGUUUUCUGGAUCAUCUAAUGAUGGGAACUCCUGCUUCUCCUUUGAGAAAAAUCCUGCUGGAGAGUGGUCUAGGAGAUGCUAUAGUCGGUGGUGGGGUUGAAGAUGAGCUCCUACAGCCUCAGUUUAGUAUUGGAUUGAAGGGUGUCUCGGAAGAUGAAAUUCAAAAGGUAGAAGAAUUAAUCAUGAAUACAUUAAAAAAGCUGGCAGAUGAGGGUUUUGAUUCGGAUGCUGUGGAGGCAUCGAUGAAUACAAUUGAGUUCUCUCUCAGAGAAAACAAUACCGGCUCAUUUCCUCGUGGCUUAGCUUUGAUGCUUCGUUCCAUGGGGAAAUGGAUAUAUGAUAAGGACCCAUUCGAACCAUUGAAAUAUCAGAAACCGUUGAAGGACUUAAAAGCUAGAAUAGCCAAGGAAGGGUCCAAAGCUGUCUUUGCCCCUCUAAUAGAAAAAUUCAUCUUGAAUAAUCCUCACCGUGUAACUAUUGAAAUGCAGCCCGAUCCAGAGAAGGCUUCUCGUGAUGAAGCUACUGAGAAAGAAAUUUUGGAUAAGAUUAAGGUAGCCAUGACCCAAGAGGACCUUGCUGAACUGGCACGUGCAACACAUGAGCUUAAGUUGAAACAGGAGACUCCUGAUCCACCCGAAGCUCUUAAAUGUGUGCCAAGUCUUUCUUUGCAAGAUAUUCCCAAAAAACCCAUACACGUUCCUACUGAGGUUGGGAAUAUCAAUGGGGUAAAGGUCUUGCAGCAUGACCUAUUCACAAAUGACGUUCUUUAUGCUGAAGUCGUUUUCAACAUGAGUUCUUUGAAACAAGAGCUUCUUCCUUUAUUACCACUAUUCUGGUGA